UUUUACUGCUAGUCCUAAACCGCGCGAACUAGCCUAACACGGCUAGGGUACUCUACGUUGUUUUGAUCGACAGUAUAAUAUUUAGAUCUAAUUUUUAUUUAAUAAUAGAAUAAAAAUUGUAUUCUUAUAUUCGGCCAAAUUAAUUAAUGUAUAGGCCUAUCUAACGAUCUAUUAAUCGCAUUACUAUAUUAUAGUGUUGCUAGGAAAUAAUUUAUAAUGCAAGCCUUUUUGAAGGGUGGAUCAGCAGCAUCAAAAAGUAAACCAGAUGCUCCUGCGACACCUUUGUCAACAAAAAAAUCAAAGGAUGGGAAAACAAAAAUAGUUCCAUGGAUUGAAAAAUACCGACCUAAGAAUGUUGAAGAUGUGGCAUACCAGGAUGAGGUUGUGGCUGUACUGAAAAAGUCUCUUGAAGGAUCGGAUCUACCAAAUCUGUUGUUCUAUGGACCACCUGGUACAGGAAAGACAUCAACAAUUCUUGCCAUUGCUAGGCAGUUAUUUGGGUCAGACAUUUACAAAGACCGUGUAUUGGAGUUGAAUGCAUCAGAUGAAAGAGGAAUCUCUGUGAUCAGGGAGAAAGUCAAAAAGUUUGCUCAGUUGACUGCUGGUGGUUCACGGCCUGAUGGCAAGCCUUGUCCGCCAUUCAAGAUAAUAAUUUUAGAUGAAGCUGAUUCUAUGACCAAAGAUGCACAGUCUGCUCUGAGGAGGACAAUGGAACGUGAGUCCAAGACAACCAGAUUUUGUUUAAUCUGCAACUACGUUAGCCGCAUUAUUGAGCCUAUUACAUCUCGCUGUGCCAAGUUUCGUUUUAAAGCCCUGGCUGAAGAUAUCUUAUCAUCUAGACUUAAAGCAAUCUGCGAAGGAGAAGGUGUGUCUAUUGAAGAUUCUGCAGUUGAAGCAGUAAUAAAAACAUCCGAAGGAGACAUGAGAAAAGCUAUCAUGACCCUACAAAGUGCAUCAAGGCUUUGUGGCAAGGAGGGUCAUAUUACAGCAGCCAUGGUUUAUGAUAUAGCUGGGGUUAUUCCAGAUGACGAUCUUGACAAAGUUAUCUCCACAUGUUCAAGUGAUUCAUAUAGUGACCUUGACCUUGCAGUUCAGAGGAUCAUAAUGGAAGGAUUUGCUGCGUCUCAGUUACUAAGUCAACUCCAUGACAAGAUUGUUGUCAUGGACAGUUUAUCAGAUCUACAGAAGUCAAUUAUUGCACUAAAGAUGGCUGAAGUGGACAAAUGUCUGAUGGAUGGAGCGGAUGAGUAUUUACAAUUAAUGGCACUUUUUGCAACAAUAAUGCAGCAGAUUUGUCAUGGUCCCUAGGCGAGAAUCCUCCACAAAAAACAUGCUUCAUUAAAACCUGUUUCUCCGUGAA